AGUUUGGCCAACGAGAAAAAGAGGGGGGAUAUGCAAAGAAUGAUUCAGGAAGGUUUGGAGAAUAAAGAGUAACAUGUAGGAAGACUGUUAUGGUUUUGGAAACUGAGAAAGUUUGGCUCACAAAGACAUCACCUGCCAGACACCUACUACGCCCCUGACUCGUGACGACUACUUAACUAUUUCUUGCUGCAAAGUUUUACGCAUUGGCUAAUGUAAUCUGGCCAUCUUUACAAAAAUGAUCUACACAAUCCUUCCGGUGAAGCCCACUGACUCCACAGGUCUGGCUGACACCAUGAUGCGCGCUUUUUACCAAGAUGCACAUUGGGCGUCUCUAUGGAAGGGAGUCACCUUAGAAAACAUCAUCUACGACUGCGCAAGACGCUUGCCAUGGAACCUUGUCAAAGUGACAUCCACUAAGCGUCACCGCAAGGUUGUAGACGACGCUACCGGGAACGUUGUUGGUUAUGCGCGUUGGAUUAUUCCAGAUGGACAUAUCGACACGUGGGCUGAUGGUGUAGUGCUUGAGAAUGAUUUGGAAAAACGUCAAGCAUACGAACAGGCGUUCCAGGACGUGACUGACGACGGGAAAAUCCGUGGCCUUGAUCAUGAGAUGGUGGAUGAGCUUAGUGAGGCAAUAGAGAAGGCAGAAGCUGAAGUACUGUCUACUGGGGAAGAUUUUCUCGCAUUGGAUUACUUGGCUACACAUCCAGAGCAACAAAGACGUGGCAUUGGCUCUAUGUUGCUCGCUGAAGGCCUGGCAUACGCGGACAGAAACAGUUUGAAGACAAUUGUUGUUGCCAAAACACCAGGUGUCAAGCUGUACCAAGACCACGGCUUCCAAGUAGUUAAAAUAGUGCAGCAGGAGCGCCCGCAAUAUGGAUGGUCAAAGCCAUACACGACCACCAUUCUCAUUCGGCAGCCCAAACCCAUUGUAUGAGGGAAAAUAAACAGUAUUGUGUUACGUUUGUUUAGAUUUGAAUGAUUGGAUAUUUUUUUUUC